GAUGCCAUCGCCCAAUUCAAGAAGAAAAUUAGGUUAGAUCGCCCUUUUUGCGUGCAACACAGCGGCAUGGCGUCCAAUGUAGAAUUGGUUCGCGCUACAAUAUUUAAUUAUUUAGCUAAAGAGGACAAAAACCUAGCCGAAGUGUACAGGAAAAAAUACAAUGUCCCUGCCCUAGCCGUUGGAGCACCCUCAUUAUCGGACCUAGUAUCGCACUUCUUGAAAACAAACAAAAAUGCCGUUAAAUUAAAAGUUUCUACGGAAGAUAGCGACGAUUCUUCGUCAGAAGAUGAAACUCCAAAAGUUAACAAUACAAAAAGUAGUGCGGCACAAAAACCAGCUCCUAAAAUACUUACAAAUGGAAUUAGUAAGAAUGAUUCAAGUUCAGAGGAGUCAUCUGAAGAUGAAACGCCCGCAGUGCAGUCUCAGAAAAAACCAAACUCAGUGCCAGUCCAAAAUCAAACUAAAAAAAGGAAACAAAGCAGUUCGGAUGAUUCCUCUGAUGAUGAAGAACCACCUCAGAAAAAGAAAGUAACUGCGGUAAUCCCACCUGCUAAUAUUAAAAAAGAAGAAAGUAGCUCAGACAGUGAUAGCUCUGAUGACAAAUCACAGCCCCCUAAAAAGCAAGCUGUUGUUCAAAAGGUACCCCCUAAACCGGUUAAGAAAGAUAGCUCAUCUGAGGAUAGCAGUAGUGAGGAAGAAGUAGCUAAAAAACCAACACCUAUUUUAAAACAGACCCCUGCUAAACAGAAUGCUAAACCUGUUAAAAAAGAGGAAUCAAGUUCGUCAGAAGAAAGUAGUGAUGAAGAAGAAACGCCUGCAAAAAAACCUGCCCCCACAGUUCAGAAUAAGAAGGUAGUGGCUGUUGCGGCUAAAAAACAGGAAGAAAGUUCUUCAGAAGAGGACAGUAGUGAAGAGGAGACAGCCCCGAAGUCUCCAGUAAAACAACCAGUCGCAAAUGUAAAUAAACAAGCUGCUAAAAAGAAGGAAAGUUCAUCAGAGGACAGUGAGAGUGAUAGUGAAGAGGAAACAGUAAAAAAACCUGUUCCAACUCCUAUUCUUAAAAAGACUGGACAAACAAGCAUAGUUAAAAAGAAAGACAGUUCUUCUGAAGAAAGUAGUAGUGAAGAAGAAGCUCCAAAAAAAGUUACGUCAACGCCAGCAUUAAAUAAGAAUGUUAAACCUCCAGUAACUAAAAAAGAGGAAAGCUCUUCGGAAGAGGACAGUAGUGAAGAUGAAGCUCCUAAAAAGACAGUAGCGACACCAAAUAAACAGAAUUCUGUAGCCAAACCACAGGCUGUCAAAAAACAGGAGAGUUCGUCAGAAGACAGUUCCGACGAGGAAGAAGAAGAAACAAAACCAGUGGUUAAAAACAACCAGAAACAGAAAGUGGAUAACAAAAAAGCCCAACAAGCGGUGAAAAAAGAGGAAAGCAGUUCUUCAGAAUCGAGUGACGAAGAAGAGGAAACCCCCAAACCUAAAGUUACGCCUGCCAAACCUAAACAGAAGAAGGAAAGUUCUUCGGAAGAGGGUAGUAGUGACGAAGAGGAAGUUAGUAGUAAACCUACUGCAGUAUCGACACCAACAAAUAAUGAAGAGAAUAGCGAUUUUAAGAUUAAGAAACCGAAUUACAGUAAUUUUGUCAAAGGCGGACAAAACAAUAGGAACAGUUUUUCAAAUGACAACAAUCAACGAAACGCGCCCUUCCGCAGGGUCAGGGAUGACCAAAUCGAUGUCGACCCUCGAUUAAAAGACAAUUCCUUCGAAGCUAAGGCCAAUGCCAGAGGUUCUUGGGGCGAAAGAGCCAACUACGAUCUGAAACACACCCGAGGAAAAUCAUUCAGACACGAAAAAACAAAAAAGAAGCGCGGAUCGUACAGGGGCGGCACAAUAGACCUGUCUGUAAACUCCAUAAAAUUCGAUUAAAUGUAUUAGUACGAGAGCUAGCAACGUCGGAAAAACAAGUAUUUUAAGACGUCUGGCUCUUUGAUAUACAUAUCUUUUACUAUGCUUUCUAGAACAGCAUGCGGCCCGUCUGGCUGCCGAUACCCGUUGCGUUCCCUACUGCGCAUUGAAAGAAGAUUCUAGGUUUGUUCCAACCCCGCUGAGAACCGUUCUGGAACGGUUCCGUUCAUGCCCAUAGGGCUAAAAGCGUUCCAAUCUUGAUGGGGAUCGUUCUCGAACGAUUCUCUUUGCGUUCCAACCAAUUUACUGAUCGUUAUUAGAACGGUUUCGGAACCGUAAUUUUUAAAAAAGGUUUGUUUUGAUUACAUCUUA